AUGAAAACAACCAAUACAGCUAAUGCUUCGUCUGUGUCAUCUGCAGGAGAGGAUGUAGGAUCAGACUGCUUUGUUCGAGUCAGAAAGCGAGACUUGGAGAAACUGGAGGCAGAAGUCAGGACACUACGAGAGCUUAUGCCAAAAGUAAUCAAUAGUGACUGUAUUGAUACUAUCCAUAAAGGACGGUCUCUGGACGCAUUUAAAGAGCGCAGUGACCGUGAGCAGCAGCAACAGAGAGAGGAUUGUCUGCACAUUCGCUCCAGACUAGAUGUUGCUCUGAGCGAGUGUCAGAGAGAGAGACAGGAGAAGUUGGUUUUAAAGCAGCAGUUAUGCGAGUGCAGAGAGGAGCUGCUGCAGCAGAAAGCAUUUUGUACUGAGCUGGGCACUGCAUCUUGCACCCUGCUCUGGAGUGCGUCCCAAAGGGAGGAAGCAAUCAAAGACAUACUGGCUGCUGGUAAACUGGAGCCCUUCCUGAGCAUUGCAGGUCAAACCUUGGAGACUUUCAUCAAGUUUCUGAAUGACGAGGCAAAGCCACAACAGAGUUGCAACUCAAAAGAGCAUCAUUUAGUUCUGGCUCUGGCUGGCGUUGUUACAAAUAUAGCUGCUGUGUCUUGUGGACGGGACUUCUUAUCCUCUUCUGCCCACAUCCUGUUGGAUACUUUGUUGCAGCUGCUGUAUCUAAUGAAACCAGGAGUGUUUCCAAAACUCAAAGUAUUGAUGUUAAUGGCUCUAUAUAACAUCACUAUUAGUGUGAAUGGGCUGAAGCUCAUAAGUGAGAGCCCUGGACUUCUACCUCUUCUGAGCACCCUUCUGGAAGACCCUGACCCAGAAGUGUGUCUGCAGUCAUUGAGGCUCCUUCAAUCCUUACUGCUGGAGAGAGAGGUCAUGUCACACAUGACAACUGAUUUUCGGAGCUCUUUUCCACUCAGUCGUAUCCACCAUCUAGCUUCAAGCCGCCACCCAGCUCUCAAGCAAACAGCUCAGGAGACACUGGAAGAUUUGGCUAGCUUUACCAACUCCCAGACUAAAGACUCAGAGAAGGAGCAGUGAAGCCCAGGUCUUCAUACUCCCUUAAAAAAGUAGGUCUAGGUCCAGCAA